AUGAAGUACUUGUUCGCUGUCUUGGUUGCGCUGGCGAUCGCGCUCCAGCUGGUCAACUCCCUCAACUGGUCCAAGUUGAGCUCCGCGGCUCAGGACUUGAGCGCCUUUGUCAAGUUCAACUCGACCUUUCACAGCACCCUGCAGGCGUGUGCUAGUGGCUGCCUGGGCGCCUCUGCGUGCAGCGCCACGUGCAUCCAGCAGAAGGUGGGCCUUACCCCCGGCUGUGCCACCUGUUUCGGCGAUGACGUCGGCUGCACGGCAAGCAACUGCGUCCUCAGCUGCCUCAGCCCCAGCUCCCCUGCCUGCGUGGACUGCUCCAACAAGUACUGCCUGCCCGCUCUGCUGACCUGCGCCGGCGUGCCCCAGAGCGCUCUCCCCAACUGA